UCCAUUCCACAGCGAGAGCCAUUCUCGACAACGCCUGUCCCAGCGCGCUGAGAGCAUCAAUUGCGCGAGUUUCGUUCAUUCUUGCGGCAAGAUGCUCGCACGGCAUACUCGUGCUGCCCAGGCGCUGAGCGCCGUCCCGCACCCAACUCUCCCAGCAGCUUCGGUAGCUUCACGCCUUUCCACAGCCGCCACCCCAUCUCGACCACAGAGGAGGAACCUCGCGACUGUACACGAUUCAGCCCCCAAAAGGACAUAUGGUGGAUUGAAGGAUCAGGACCGAAUCUUCCAGAACCUCUACGGCCAUCAUGGAGCGGAUCUGAAGAGCGCCAUGAAGUAUGGCGACUGGUACAAGACGAAAGAGAUUCUCCUGAAGGGUCACGAUUGGAUUAUCUCAGAGAUCAAGGCCUCGGGACUGCGCGGCCGCGGUGGUGCCGGUUUCCCUUCCGGUUUGAAAUGGUCAUUCAUGAACUUCAAGGAUUGGGACAAGGAUACUAAGCCUCGCUAUCUAGUCGUCAAUGCUGAUGAAGGAGAGCCGGGUACUUGCAAGGAUCGUGAAAUCAUGCGCAAAGACCCCCACAAGCUCAUCGAAGGAUGUCUCGUUGCCGGUCGUGCGAUGAACGCCACUGCUGCCUACAUUUACAUCCGUGGAGAAUUCUACCAUGAGGCCACCGUACUCCAGCGCGCCAUCCAGGAAGCAUAUCAAGCCGGUCUUAUUGGCAAGAACGCCUGCGGCUCCGGCUACGAUUUCGAUGUUUAUAUUCACCGAGGAAUGGGUGCCUACGUGUGUGGUGAGGAGACGUCUCUCAUCGAAUCACUAGAGGGAAAGCCUGGCAAGCCUCGCCUUAAGCCUCCUUUCCCGGCUGCCGUUGGUCUGUUCGGGUGCCCCUCAACCGUUGCGAACGUCGAGACUGUCGCUGUUGCGCCAACCAUCUGCCGGCGAGGAGGCAGUUGGUUCGCCUCGUUUGGACGUGAGCGCAACUCAGGCACUAAACUCUUCGCAAUUUCUGGUCACGUCAACAAUCCCUGCACCGUCGAGGAGGAGAUGAGCAUCCCGCUCCGGGAGCUGAUUGAGAGGCACUGUGGCGGCGUCCGUGGAGGAUGGGAUAAUCUGCUGGCUGUUAUCCCUGGCGGCUCAUCCACGCCCAUCCUUCCUAAGCAUAUCUGCGAUGAUCAAAUUAUGGAUUUCGACGCUCUUAAGGACGCGCAAUCGGGGUUCGGUACUGCUGCCGUCAUCGUCAUGGACAAGUCCACGGACGUCGUCCGGGCCAUUACCCGUCUCGCUAAGUUCUACCACCACGAGUCCUGUGGACAGUGCACACCGUGCCGAGAGGGUUCGAAGUGGACACACCAGAUCAUGGACCGUUUCUACCAGGGCCAGGCUAGGGCACGUGAAAUCGACAUGCUACAGGAGUUAACGAAGCAGGUCGAGGGCCACACCAUUUGCGCCCUUGGUGAAGCUUUCGCAUGGCCUCUGCAGGGUUUGAUCAGGCAUUUUAGGCCUGAGCUUGAGGCAAGAAUAAAGGAUUAUGGCCUGAAGCAUGGCGGAGAGGCAUUGGCUGGAGGAUGGGAUCACGACGCGGCGAAGAAGGGCCAGCUCGUCGCACCGGGACAGUAAGAGACGACACUGUACAAUGUUUCCUUGCGUUCAAUUGGAGCUUGUAGAUCACUGAACCUGUGCAUAUUAGAUCACCAGUGUAAAACGGCUCGAUCCCCAUGCACUUGUAGCAUUGAGUCGUGACGAUGGUAUCUCAUAACCCCCAAACUCCGCACCGGAAAACUCAAACUAGAUUUUGAUCCCGUUCCGAACAAGACAUGCAUCAACCUGCCAACGCCCCACCCGAAAAUGCAAAGAACAAUUACUUCCUUCCGACACUCAGCCCAAGCAGAUAUUGAUGAACUCUUCCCUACUUAUCGCGGAGUCCCCAUCCAUAUCGAACUCUUCAAUCAUAGCAACCAGCUC